UAUCGUUUCUGGCUUUGCGCAUUUUCUGAAAGCUUAAACGUAUUUCAGACCCGAAAAUAAUACCAACUGUAUUUCAGAAAAACGACUUUAUCUUCUUUAUAACCUAGCCAAAUUAGACGUGUUGGUGUCAUUGUCAGGGGUGGCUGAACAACACGUCCGUUUAGGAUGUUGCACAUUAACUGUCUCAGCGCAUUAGGCAUUCAGCGCAGUCUUCGGUUGGAUUUUCACUAUCGUCUAAAUACAAAAGACUAACUGAACACCAAACUAAAGUAUUACCGGUUGUGCACAAGAAGAUGAAACAAAGUAAAAGAAAGCCAUCAAGAAAAAAGAAAAUAUCCAGACAACUUCAAAAUGUUAAAACGGAGCCAUUGCCCUCAAAUGGUGAUGGGAUCAACAUGGACACAGAUAAAACCGAAACAUUUCAUGAAACUCAGGCCUGUGAUUUAAACACCUCUCCUGAGGUUACACAAAUGAGACAGGAACAAGGAGACUUGGAAGCAUCCCAGCAACAAAACGGGGUAUUUGAACAACAGAAGCAGCAGAACAUUAAUCUGCAGCCUCAUUCACUUGCUUUCUCUGUAUUCGUCCCAAAAACAGAACCAGACUGUGUUCCCUUGAACCCACCGAAUUUUCAGGUAAAAACUGAGCCUGGCAUUCCUGAAGUAUUGCAGAGAGAGCCUGGUUUGAGUAUAAAGGAGGAAAAUGAAGAUAACUGGACAGAAGUCAAGCAAGAGGUGCCAGCUGAAAACACUGUGGAUGAUUCUUGUCAGGAGAAAAACACGGCUUCCUCCUUUCCAAUUUUUCCUUGUCCUCAUUGCUCUGUGACUUUCACUGAGUUCUCACACUUUGUCAAACACCUUAAAUGGUCCCAUCGAAGUGAAUACUUUGCCUGGGUGGAAAAUCACAAUGUAUUCAACUGCUCGAAAAUAUCCUCUGGGAUGCUAAGCUGCUCCUUGUGCCACUUUCGUUUCUUCUCUCAGAAGCAGUUGGAGGCACACAUGCGCAGGGCCCAUCUCCCCAAACCCAAACCCACCCGAAAACGCUACACCUGCCCACAGUGUGCUCGCAGCUUUGAUUACAUUGGUAAUCUGAAAAGGCAUUGCCGCAGUUGCCACGACUUAGCCACUGUGUGUAAAGAUGGGCAGAUUAGCUGUGCUGCAUGUGGUAAAAGCUUUGCAGGAGUGUGGGGUGUUGGACCACAUCACUGCUAUGAGCCAGAUGACAAGAAGAAACCUGAGGCUGGAGCAGAUGGACCGAUUUGCACUGAUCGUGGCUACCUGUGCCGAGAAUGUGGAAAGAACUGCUCUUCACUUCAGUGUCUGACUAUACACAAACGCACUCACACUGGCGAGAAGCCGUUUGUGUGCAAAGAUUGUGGCCAUAAAUUCAGUGAGCGGGGGAGUCUGCGGAGGCACAGAGUUGUCCAUACAGGGAUCAGGCCACACAAGUGCCCUGAAUGUGGUAAAGAUUUUGCCAGAAUGGCACACCUCCGUUCUCAUCUCAGAACACACACUGGGGAAAGACCAUACCCUUGCCCCCAGUGCGGGAUUAGAUUCAGCCACAAAUCAACACUUCAUAUCCACCAACGAGUUCACUCUAAGGAAAAAAACUUUCCAUGUCCUAAAUGCGGCAAAACUUUUUCUGCGCUGAAGUACCUGGAGGCGCACCAACAGGGACACAACUCCGAGCGAUUGCUGCAGUGCAGAGAGUGCACCAAGACGUUUUCAAGGGAAGAUGUACUACGGAAACACCGUCGCAUUCAUUCGGGGGAGCGGCCAUACCAUUGCGAUGUUUGCAACAAACGCUUCAAACGCAUACAGCACCUGAAAAACCACCAGCGCUCACACACUGGUGAGAAACCUUACCGCUGUGAGCACUGCGGCGCCAGCUUCGCCCAGUCUGGUGAUUUGACGAGACACAUGAGAGGACACACGGGGGAAAAACCCUUUGCCUGUUCUGACUGUGACCGCCGUUUCACCAACUCUGGCGACCUGGGCAAGCACAGGCGCAGUCAUACGGGCCAGAGACCCUACAAGUGUACCGAGUGUGGGAAAAGUUUUCGAAUGCCCCAGCACCUGAAGCUACACAAGCAAACGCACACGGGGGAGAGGCCGUUCAGCUGCCCAGAAUGUCCUCGCACCUUCACUCGAUCACACCAUCUCUCUCAACACUUGGAAAAACACAUAUGAGGAAGGACAACGUCUUAAAGGAGUAAUCUGAGUUCAAUCCAUUUCAGCUCAAUUGACAGCAUUUGUGGCAUAAUAUUGAUUACCACAAAAUUUUAUUUUGACUUACCCCAUCUUUUCUUUAAAAAAGCAAAGAUCUGGAUUACAGUGAGACACUUUCAAUGGAAGCCACAAGUGUUAUGCGGGUAAACAUUUGUGUUUACCUUUUCUGUGUAGUUGGAGUACUUUGUUGCCAUGACAACAAACCCUAAAAUGACUGAACAAAAUGUACAUUUCAACAAUUUUACAGCUCAAAUAAUGCAUGAGUUUUAAAAGAAAAAAUAAUGUAAGUGCUUUUAUAAAAUCAUAAGCUUCACAUUUCUACCUUUUAACCCACCAUAAUUGUCCAUAUUCACUUCCAUUGUAAGUGCCUCAAUGCAACCUCGAUUUUUAUUUAUUUAUUUAUUUUUUUUUAUAUAUAUUUAAAGAAAGGGAUGGAAGAAUCCAAAUGAUUUUUUUCUGGUAAUCAACAUUAUGCCACAGAUGCUGUUGAGCUUGUACUGAACCAGGAAUAUUCCUUUAAAGGAAUAGUUCAUCCAAAAAUGUUAAUUGUGUGUUUACUCAUCUUCAUGUCUUCUAAACCUGUAUGACUUAAGUGGAAACAGAUAAUUUUUAAUGAAUAUCCAGUCUGUCUAUUCAUUACAGUUUCAGUUGAUAGUGACUCACUUUAAAGCUUAGAAAAAUCACCCAUAUAGUGCAUGCAGUUCGUGCAUCAUAUUAAAACAUCUUCUGAAGCAUACGAUACGGUUUUGAUUAGGAGCGUUCUGAAAUUUAAGUAAUUUUCCAUUAAAAUCCAUAUCUUGAUGAAUGUUGCAGAAUUAUCAGUGCUGUUGGUUGGAAACUUGGGUUGUUGAUUGCUAAAAACAACUAAAGUUAUCGCAGUGUAGUGUAGUUUAACUUAAGUCUUCCUUUCUGGACUGCCCUUAGAAAGUUUGCAUAUUGUUAUUUUGCAUGUUUUACACCUGCAACCAUUGGAGAUGUUAACCAAAUGGAAUUAAACCCUUAUAAUUAUUUUUGCAUGUAAAAAAUCCGGGGGAAAAAGAGCAGACCAACAAUUGGUGCUGUAACAAAUAUUUAGACCUUAUUUAAGUUUCUUUGUGACCUAUACCAACAUGUGCAUGUUUCAAUUCUAUCAACUGAUCAUAUUGUAAUGUGUCAAUGUUUAUACAGUAUAUGGUGGUUAUAGCUUUCAUGAUCCUGAAAUCUUUCCACCUUAAGUAUCACCAUCAUAAAACAAAGAAUUUUGUGUAUAUUACUAAUGUAUUAAAUAUUAUUGUGGCUGGCUAAGUUAAUAUACAUCACUUUGAAGCAGUGAUGAAUUGCUAUUUCCGAUGUAAUUUAAAAAUUCUGUGUGAAUGUGUAAGAGAUAUACAUUGUAAUUUUACUGUGAAUUCUGAAGAUGAUGAAAUUGACUAAAUGAAGCUUGUGCUUGUGCCACAUUGUGUUAGCUUAAAUGGUGAAAGUGAAACCA